AUGGGAGUGUUUUCGUCACGGCCAAAAGCGGGUGUCAUACUCCCGGAGAGGGUGAAUAUCCGCGGCUCUAAGUGGCGCGACGAGGAAGAGUUUCUCUCGCGGGUAAAGCGCAUGGAUCAGGUGAGAAUUGUUAGUGGUGGCGACUUCAUUUCAAGCAGCAGGGUCGACUGGAGCGACCUCGUCCAAACUUGCUUUUCGGCCGUCGAGAUGAGCAAUGUCUCUUGGCUGGACUCAAUCUUGCUCUGUGCAGCCAUUCAGGCCAAGAUUGGUGAAAGAUUGCUCGUAUCCAAAAUAUCAUCCUCAACCAGCUCAGAGUUAAUAGUUUUGGAUGAGGAAAGGGCAGCUUUGGAAGGUAUGCCGGGAUCCAUAGUGAGGAUCCACAAGGCCAGUGAAGCGUUGCUUUUGGAAAUGGUUGCCAAGCAUCCGGUGGUGACAAGCAUUCGAUGCACAGAUCGUCGCAGCUUGGUGUGGAUGGAAGAUGCAUCCCUGGUUCGAAAACUGGGAUAUAAUCCACAGCCGCUUUACGGCGGGAUGUAUGACCUUGAUCGCAUCCCAAGCUGUGCAUUACUGAUUGGAUAUGAUAGAACCUUUUGGACUCUGUUUGAUCCCGCCUUUAGUUUCUACUUUAAGCUCCGAAGGGAGGAGUCCCGCAACCGAAGAAAUGGAGUGGGGGAAUUUAUACUAGUUCCUCUAGUGCAAGAGACGUGAUACAAGUCUUGCGCUGCUCAUAUAAAAGCACACAAAACAAAUCAUUUUGUAAAACGUAAGCUUGAAAUCUUGAAAUUACAGCUCCCCCUAUUCCCAAA